UAGAAAAGACUCGAUGUUUCCCGUCGCUGACAGAUGUCGCUAUUGGCAAAUAAAACUCGCGCUCGCCUAUACCUCGAAAUCAUUCAUUCAUACGAAAGCAAAGUGACUUGGUAAGCGCACUACAAGUAUCUACUUACUUACGUUGCGAACCGGCAUUUCUUGUCAACAAAGAAAGAAUUUGUGAAAUCAUUGGUGUUAUCGUCAAUUAAGAAGAGAAAAGCCUUGGAAAUGUUCAGAUAUCCAUUUUACUUAGAAGCGGAACGUGCAAGACCGCGAAGCCAGCUGUUAGACCAACAUUUCGGUCUAGGACUAACACCAAAUGACUACCUAACCAUAGUGGCUAUUCCCCAAUCAGGACCAGACUACUUCAGAAACUGGAGGGACCUUAAAGCAGCCGCUAAUGACGCUGGAUCAACCAUCAAAUUAGAGAAAGACAAAUUCCAAGUGAAUUUAGACGUUCAGCAUUUUGCGCCCGAAGAAAUUUCAGUGAAAACUAUUGAUGGUUAUUUAGUGAUCGACGCAAAACACGAAGAGAGGCAAGAUGAACAUGGUUAUAUAUCAAGGAGUUUCUCCAGAAAGUAUCCCUUGCCGGACGGGAUUGACCCGGAUACCGUUGUGUCGAAGUUAUCUUCCGACGGAGUUCUUACCAUCACAGCUCCUUUGAAGGCUCCCCCGAAGGCGGAGAAUGAAAGGAUCGUGCCUAUUGUGCAGACUGGGCCAGUGAGGAAGCAAGUUGAACAUGUUGGUCAAGAGGAGCAAGGUUGAAGUGAUAGUAUUCAGUGGAAGUGAUGUUAUUUUUAAGGUUUCGUGUAUUUACAAUUUACAUUCCUAUUGAAUGCCUAUUGAUAAUUGUAUUAUGCUUGAUUGUUUUGGUAUGAUUACUUAUAAUCAAAUGUACUUACCAGUAAUUACUUAGGUAUAUAAUACCUACCUAAAUAAAUGACAUUCUAGUCACAA